GAGGUGAAGCACGAUCACAGAAGAAUUAUUGAUCAACGUGAUUUCUAUAUUAUAACUUUCCAUUGCAUUUAUCGCAUAUUGCUUGAUAAUAUUUCAGCUAAAUUUAUUAGGUUUAUAGAUCUAAGGUUUGCAUCUGAUUUGCUUUUCUCCAUCGUAUGCUACAUAACCAUACAUUGAGGUAGUUCACAUAGUACGUAUAGAUCCAGUGUUUGCCUGUAGCGAAACUAAAGCGUAGCCAAUAAACGCAUAAAACGAAACUUUAACCUCGCAAUAAAGAAGUUUAAAAGUUCGUGACGUCGUUUCGAUUCAGUUGGUUGAACCAACAUCUUAAAGUUUCGUUUUGUUGGAACUGGAUUAGUAAUGCCACAUUCACCGGAAGGCCACGACGAACAUUGCAUAGAGCAAAGUUGCUUGCUGUGCAAUCAACCUGACACAAGCCAGAUGGUAAGUUGCGACGAGUGCCAAAGGUGGUACCAUUUCGCUUGUGCUGGUGUGACAGAUGCCAUCGCUGAUUACGACUGGAGCUGUCAGAGAUGCCAUAAUGCCAGAAUCUCCGCUCCCGUAACAUCCGCAUCCGCUGUCCCACCAAUAGCUUCAUCUAGUGGAGUGACGAAUACGCCUGGAGAAACGAACGUGUUCCUUCCUGAUCCUAUCAGCGGCCCCCCAUCGAGCCAAGCACCAUUGCAACCAUUACCAGCGAGUAGUGCACACGAUGCAAUGCGUACAUAUAUGAGUUUCGUUUCAAUCCCAGUAGACCCGCUAAUGACAACUGCACCAUCAACUAUCUCGACUAACGCCGCAUCAGCACCGUUCGGACAAGGAUCGUACUUCACACACGCUUCAACAUCGUUAAUCCGCCAGAAUCUUGUAUCGCGGCUUCCAACCGAGCUCAGACUCCGGUUUCUAGAAGAAGAGCAAGCACUUGAGAUGAAACAUCUUCUGCAGCGCUAUCAGCUGCUAAUGGACCAAACACCAGCUUCGAAUAUCAAUUCCAUCCCAUCAGUGUCGCAACGCGGUCCGACAAACUCAGCCGCACAGUGUCAUUUAUUUUCGGCUCAUCAACCACGAAUGACAGCUGCUGGCUUACCGCCCGCUCCGACUUUACCUAAUCCACAGUAUCAUUCUUCGCCGGUGCUCAACCCUCAGUUUAGGCCUCGUUGCGGCUUGCCAUCCCAUUCCUCACCGGUGCCAAACCUUGUGCCAAACCGUCCCAGUAUGGAAUUUCCACAAACUAACCCACUUCAAGCGACUGGAAUCAGUAACGAGACAGUAAUGCUGAACAGAAGCCAAAUCGCCGCUCGUCAAGCCGUGUCGAAAGAGCUCCCGGAGUACAAUGGUGAUCCAGAGCACUGGCCAUUAUUUUAUGGUACCUUCGAGAGUACGACACGUAUCUGCGGAUAUUGCGGAUCUUUUCAAAAUUUUCCAUUUUGCGGAUUUCGCUAA